AUGUCCUUUUUAACCACCAGAACCCUCAAUACCGUUUACAGACCGGUUGUGUUGGCAGUCCGCGCCAACUCCACGCCUAGAUACCAGCCCCAACACCAGCCGGGUCCACCGAAGCUCGCGAAGGAGGACCAGGCCGAGUUCGAGGCGUUGCAGAAGCUUGCCUCGUCCAGAUCCGCCAUCGACGAGUACAACGCCUCUCACGGACACGAGGAUGCCGUGGAAGACAAGUCGCCGUUGUUAAAGACCAACAGCGUGGGUUCGUUUGCCCCAGGUCUUUUCAAAACCAUUCCAGAGUUUGAAGGCGAGGUCAACCCCGUGACUGGCGAAAUCGGUGGCCCAAAGCAGGAUCCGUUGAGACACGGUGACUACUCCUUCAACGGGAGAUGUACCGACUUCUAG